CACUAUUGGGGAGCAAAGGGUUACGUACGUAUCUUUACUCCCAGUUGGCCAGAUGCCAAUGGUAAUCACAUGAAGAAUGAUAAUUGGAUAAGUUUGCCCAGUCGUGCAGUGUGCCGGAUACUGAACUCUCCUCCAUCUGUCUCUCGCUCUUUCUCUCUCUCUUUCACAAACGAACACAAACAUACACGACUCAAGCAGUCAUGUGGCAGUAUAUGCUCCUGCUCUUGUUGGUUCUUCUGAUCCCUGGGUUGGUUUUCUUCUAUCGUCUCCAUGGAAUGGGAAGGAACCCCUUCAGCCAGGAGUCUGUGCAUUCUCCCAAGCCAGUGGUGACAGACCAGGAGGCUCGCAAAAAGAUCCUCAAGAAAGGUUUCUCUGCAGAUAAAGUGCCCCCCAACUUAGAUGCAAUUGUUAUUGGAAGCGGGAUCGGAGGCCUAUCUGUUGCAGCUGUCUUGGCCAAGGCAGGAAAACGGGUUUUGGUGCUGGAGCAGCACAGCAAGGCUGGAGGAUGUUGCCACACCUUUCAGGAGAGAGGAUUUGAGUUUGAUGUUGGCAUCCACUACGUGGGGCAAAUGCACAAGAAUGGCAUGUUGAGGGUAAUCAUGGACCAGCUCACCAAUGGGCAACUCGACUGGGUUCAGUUGGAGGAUCCCUAUGAUAUCAUAACCAUUGGGGACAAGGAUUAUAUGCUUUGCUGUGGCAAGAAGGCCUUUGGUGAGGAGCUGGAAAGGCAGUUCCCAGAAGAGAAAGAGGGCAUCCAAGAGUUCAUAAGGUUAGCAAAGGUAGUAUCAAAGCAUGUGGCUCUGCUGGCUGUUCUGAAAAUGAUACCCUCGUGGUUGUCUACAUUCCUGAUCCGAUGUGGCCUCAUUCACUGGAUCUCUCCCGUUUUCAGAUUGGCAUGUUCCAGCCACAGCAAAAUGGCGACCCAGUUGACCUCCAAUCAGGAUCUGCUAGCUAUCUUCAGCUACUUCUUCUAUGGAGUUCCGCCCAAAGACUCGAGCUUCUUGAUUAAUCUCCUCAUGAUCCAUCACUACAAGCGUGGAGCAUGGUAUCCAAGAGGGGGAUCGAGUGAAAUUCCUUUCCACAUGAUACCCGUCAUUGAGCAAUCAGGAGGUGCUGUGCUAACCAGGGCCCGUGUGCUUCAAAUCUUACUCUCUGAAAGUGGCACUGCAAUCGGAGUGAGUGUUCAGAAAGGACAGAAUGGAGAGGUGAAAGUUUAUGCUCCUUUGGUGAUCUCAGAUGCUGGCAUUUACAAUACCUUGGAGAAAAUGCUGCCUCCUCAGAUCAGAAGCAAACCAGAGAUUCAGUCCCAACUUAGUAUGAUCAGGCCUGGGAUGGGCUCAUUCCUAGUCUUUGUGGGUCUUCGAGGGAGCAAAGAAGAACUUGGUCUCAAGUCUACCAACUACUGGAUUUACCAACACAGUAAUCUAGACAGUCUGAUGACAAAAUAUUUUGCCCUACCCAGAGAAAAAGUGAGUACCAACCUUCCUAUGAUGUUCAUCACCUUCCCAUCAGCCAAGGAUCCCACAUAUGAAGACAGGCACCCUGGACACUCUUGCAUGACCAUUCUCACCAUGGCCCACUAUGAGUGGUUUCAGGAGUGGUCUGAAUGUCGUGUGAAGAACAGAGGAGCCGAUUAUGAUGCCCUGAAGAUGGAGAUUGCCCAGAACCUCUUAGACUUGGCUUUGGCAAAGUUUCCCCAGCUCAGAGACAAGGUAGACUUCAUGGAAGCUGCUUCCCCUCUCAGCAACCAACACUAUCUAGCUGCUCCUGUGGGUGAAAUGUAUGGUGCGGAGCACAAUACAGAUCGGUUCGAACCACAGGUUGUGGCUGCUAUGAGAGCACAGACUCCCAUUCCAAAUCUCUACUUGACAGGUCAAGAUGUCUUCUGCUGUGGCCUUGCAGGGGCCUUACAUGGAGGCCUGAUUUGUGCCUCAGCUAUACUUCGACGCAUUGUUUACAUAGACCUGCUGCUACUGAAGAAGAAACUAAAGAAACAAGAUCAGAAGAAAGGGGACUAGUCCUGCCAGCCACUGUCACUCUCUCAGAAUCAAAGCUGUAGUAGGAUUGCUGAAUCAGGCCAAAAAUCCAACUGGUUCAGCAUCCAGUCAAACAAUAGGUGAGCCGAUGUCCUCCAUAGAUCCAAUAGCAAACCAAGAGGAGAGCAACAAGUUCCUCUUCUGAUUGUUUCCCAAUACCUAGCAUUUAGCAGAAGAUGGUUGCCUCUAUCUUGGACAUAGUGUGUGGUAGGAAUGUAACUUCCUAAACAUUUUUAAACAAUUUUUCAAACCUUUUUUAAAUUUUUCAAACCUUUUCAAUUUUUCUCCUUGUCAAAACCUGCAGUUUUUAAAGAUUGUUUACAAGUCAAGUUUUAUUCUGCUCCAAAAUUAAAAUGAAAUAAGAUUUUAGAAUGCACGUGGAUUUUUUCCACGGGAAACAUUUUAUGUACAGAAAACAAGGUACUGGCAUGGAAAAGAGAAUUUUCUCCACAGGAAAAAAAAAUUGCAAAAGUAACAUUUCUGUGCGGAAAAUGCUCUUUUCUAUGCAGGGAAGCUUGCUUCAAUGGAAAAAUAGUAUUUUUGGCACAGAAAAACUUUUUUUAUGUCAAAAGAUAAAUUUCCUUCCUGCAAAGGUUAUUGAUUGGAUAAGAAUCUCCUUGUUUAUUUUUCCCAAAAUUCAAGGCAAUUAUUUUUUUCAAUAUUUUUUGAAUUUUUCUUAUCAUUAGUAUGUAGUCAUUAUGUGAGUGAGUCAUCAUUGCUAGUCAUGGAAAGAGACCUUCUGUGACUUCGUCUAAUAAUCUCUUAAAGUCAUCUAAGUUGGUGCCAUUAUCUCAUUAUCUUGGUGCAGAAAUGUUCCAUAGUUUAGCUGUGCAGCUCUGUCAACCAAGCUGCUGGAAGUUGACAGCAGUGACACUGGUGAGAAAAAAGAAAAGAAAAACAAAGACAUUUCCUUUCCACAAUGUGGGGAGAAAACAGCCUGCCCUCCUUCCUGGCAGGGCUUUAUGGUGCUAGAGGAGGCUGUUCCUAUAACAGGGAGAGCUACCAUUGGUGCUGUGGGGUUUCCCAAGCAAUAAUCAGGUCUGCAAAAUCAGCAGCCUUUAGCAAAUCCCAGUAGCACCAGUACAGCUCCAAAGAUAGUGGUACAGCCCUCAAUUCUGGAGUAGAGUCCAUUGCUGACCUGCUCUUAGCAAAAUACACAUAGACUACAACCUCUAUAUAGGCACAGGAAUGUUGCUAGAUACCCAUUUAUUUGGAUACUCAGUGCCAUUUCUUUUGUCUGUUGCAAAACUAGGUUGCAGAAUAGUUAUCUGCUGGUGUCCUUUCUGGAAAACUUGGCAUUCUUGCAGUGGCAUAGCUAUAAUUGGUUUUGCCAGAGUAGGACUCCAGGUUACUAGCCAACAUGGGCUUUUUAUUUUGUAUCAAAAGCAUAGCAUAAAUUAGUAUAAAACUGAUAAAAAUAGAAGGAGCGCAAGCAGCUAAAUAUAUUUUGACCAAAAAUGGGCAACAGCAAUGGCAUUGCCUGUAGCCUCCAACAAUUCUUUCUCUGUACAUGAGGCAGGGCAUAGUGGACAAGCAUACAGAUGUGAUGUUGUUUGUUCUGCUCCACAGUCACACAAAGUGUGGGAUUCUUUUAGGUAGUGCCAUUUUGCCAGGUUGUCUUUUGAUCUGCCCACUCCAUUUCUGAGUCUGUUCAGGGACUUCCAAGUUCCCCAUUCUUGGUUUGCCCCUGGAGGAAGACCCUUGUGGAGUGCCAUCCAGUUGGGAUUUCCUGGUUUAGCUGCCCAGAGGGAUACCCUUGCUGUUGCUGGGGGGACACAAAGAGGAGUGGUAGUUCUCAUAAAGCUUUUCCUUGAUUUGAGUCUACUGGGAGGAAGAUGGUAGCCAUGUAGUAGAUGGCUUUCACUACAUGGCCAACAUGGGCUGCCUAAGAGCUUCUGCCAGGGUUGACAAUAUUAGGCUAGCUUGACAAAAGAUGUGAUUCACUGUCAGGCAGCUAUCUGUGCUCGGUGCUCCUAUUUAAUGUGUUACUUCCAAGUUCUGGGAAAAUUAAAGUGGUAGCCUAUAAUGGCCUAUAAUUAAGUCUUUCUACCUCUAUCAGAUUAAUCUGAAAAGGCGGGGGGCGUAGGAGGUCCACUUGUCAGGCGCUCUCUAAUGUGGAGCUACCCAUUUUCCUGGGUUCUCAUAUUCUAUCAUUGUAGAAGAAGAGGGUGGUCAGGUGUUCUUUUGAUUUCCCCAGGACUUUGAGAGAGAGAUUCUAUGCACUGUUUUGAUCUGAUGACUCAAUCUGUUUGUUUUCCCCACUCUCCACUGUUCUGUUCUAUAGGCUAUGCAGUGAUAGGCGAUAGUGUUUGGUAGUUUCUAUGACAGUGAAGUAAUAUAUCCACUCCAACCCCAGUCUGAACUUUUGUCUGAAAUGAGUUCGGCACCUUGGAUAGCUCUGUUGAAAUUUGGAUGAAUUCAUAAUGCAGAUUCACUAGCAUCCACUGCUGGUAAUGUUUCUAACGUUGUAGCUAUGUAAGCCAGUUUAGAAGGUUCCUAAGUUUGCUAUCUGAAGAGUGAACUAUAAAUCUCUUAAAUGAACAAAUAAAUAUUUGUAUGUAUGUA